AUGCUCGACAAUGACAGUGUCUCUGAAGAGAACGACCCUUUAUGUCCAUUGUACGAAACCUACACGCCUGUACGUUUCAUUCUAAUCACAUUGGCCAGCGUUAUAGCAUGCCUUGGAACUGCUGCCAAUCUUCUCCUCAUCAAAUUAUUUACAAAGAAGAAAAAGUCUCCAAGCACACCAGCAACGCUUUAUCCGACAAUUUUGGCAUUCCUCGACUUCGCCAUCUGUCUAGAAUACCUGCUUCUCUUUGGUGUUGAUGCCAUUGUGAGCUUCAUGAAAAUCGAGAGUUUAUUCAUCCUAUACUAUUCCUACAUCAUCCCAGCUUUCGUAGCCAGCCGAAUCACACAACUUGCCAUUCCUUAUAUGCUCAUAUUUGCAACGCUGGAGAGGCUUGUAUGGACAUCGGAGAAUAUAAGCAGCCGCUUCCUCCUAGCGAUGUACUCCAAUUCCGGUCGUUACUUUACCGCUAUUGUAUCACUCCUGGUAUGCGUGGCUCUCCGAUUACCGACAGCUUUUGCCAUUGAAGUAGCUGAGUAUCCAGACUGUGAUGACUUCUUCAAUACAAAGACAACUCAGCCAAGGGAGUGGACAAAACAUUCGGAAAUUUUCUACUUCUUCGACUGGCACGUCAUGACAAUUGCUCAGACCUUGGUGCCCUUUAUCAUCCUGUUCGCUCUAAAUAUUGUAAUCAUUCGGAAGCUGACGGUCACAACCCAAAAGAAAGAACUCCUUUGCGAUCAUUCUCAAGCUCCUGUCGAUUCGCUGAAUACUGGUAAUGAUAGCGAAGUGAUUUCGCUCUCCAUCCGACCUGUGAAGAGUGUGAGUGCCUCGGUGAGAAGCGCUAUCAUGACCAUGGUCGCCAUCGUUGCCACUUAUCUAAUUUCCAACACACUUCAUCUCAUUCUCACAGUUAUGGAAAGGUCCGACCACCCUCUUCUAUUCGACACGGAGGAUCCGCAGAUGUCAUCAGCUUUCCAUACGUUUUUCUCCGAUUCGGUCUCAUUCGUUUAUAUGUUUACGUCGGCUAUUCGCCUUGUGAUCUACUACAUCUGCAAUCCAGUCAUUCGCAGAGAUGUCCACAACUUCUUCCGUGGGAACACAGCUGUUUAUCUUUGA